AUGUUGCGGGUGUGUGAGAAACUCCGUGAGGCGGACGAGAAGGGCAGGAGGUACGGACUAGCCCGGGCGGAGACAGGCUACCUCCGUGCCCUAGUGGACGCCAUGGCCGACACGGACAGGCUGGCGGAAGUGGAGCUGCUCAAAACUCUGGGCGAAGUGAACGUGGAGAAGGGAAGACUCGGGAAGGACGUGGGGAAGUUCAACACAGCCUUGGCGCUUUACAUUGCUGCUAUGGUGCGGUGUUACCAUGAGGAACAGGCAGAUGGUAUAGAACACCGCUACCACUACACGGAGAGGCUUUUACAAGGGCUGUCGUCACAGGGUAAAGAACAGCCAACUAAAGACAAGGAGACAACUACACCUGCAAAGGUAGCGGUAAAGUUCCAAGAUCUGGACGAGAGACGGGCUACCGGAGGUAACACAGACUCUUUGCUGGGUGGAUACGCACAGGUGAUGGUAGAGGCGAUAGUAAACGACAACAGCAUGUUAGAAACAGAAGCGAUCAAGAGUCUGGGUGACGUGUACCUGAAAAGAGGAACAGAAACUGGAGACACUAGAAACUUGACCAGAGCUACUGCUCUGUACAACAGGGCACUGGCGCGGUGUCACAACGUUCAUGGAACAGUUGUCAUUGUUCACCGCUUACUGCACACCGCAAAAAUCAGGCAAGACAUCACCAAACCAAGAAACAAGCGGACAACACGUACGCAAGGACAAGACGACGUGGGAGGGCGCAAGGGUCACGUCUCAGCUGCGCCAUCUAGCGACGACGUUAAUAACGCAAUGCGCCGUCUACACAUCUCUUCGGAACUUCGUAGAGAAUUCCAGAAUGCAGAAACAGCCAGAAAAGCUAACAAAGAAAUAUCCUACCGCAGGUACAUCCAGACGGCAGACCGUGACGUGAGAAAUGGAGACCUGGACGGAGCAGAGCAGAACCUAGCAGCCGCCCUGCAGCUUGUUCAUGAUCGCAGUAAACCCAACAAGGCCGUAGAAGCCGACUGUCUGUGCAGGUUGGGUGACGUCUACGUCGAGCGAGGUAAGCGGACAGGAGAAGGUAGGAAAUUCACACAGGCGGCAGCUCUGUAUAACGCCUCCAUGGCCAGAACAGAUGGAGACAAACAAAACAUGGUAACAAAAUUGCAAGAAACAGAAAGGCAGUUUCUUAGAACCACCUGUAACCUUGACUGUGAACCGUGUCCGUAUAGCAGCGCGUUAGAUCACAUAAAGGAACUGGACAACUCGCGCGUCCGUGCAAAAUCUCAGCUCGAAACAAUUCAUCAGGAACACAACCCUUAUCAGUAUGAUGAAGACGAUCCCGUCGUGAGAGAGGUAGAGAUCAAACGAGCUGAAGCAAUCAAGAAUUUGUUCAAGAUCAUCACAGUUGAAAGACGAGAGUUUAUCCAAGUACUGACAGAUGAAUGCAUUGCCAAACUGGGACCUCCUCCCUGUAAGUACGCUUUCAUCGGCAUGGGGUCACAGGCCACAGAACUGGUGACGCCGUACUCCGACCUGGAGUUCGCCAUUCUGACUGAGGACGGGGAAGAUAAUGAUGAUACACGGAGGUACUUCCUAAAUCUCACACACUACUUACAUCUCAAAGUCAUCAACCUUGGGGAAACCAUCCUCCCAGCCAUGGCCAUCCCAUCACUCAACGACUUUCUCUCAGAAGACUCAGAGAAAGACUGGUUCUACGACUCCGUCACACCUCGCGGCUUCGCCUUCGACGGCUUCAUGCCAUGGGCUUCUAAGACUCCGUUUGGAAGAGACAAAACCAAAACCAAACCUCCCGUUAGUCUCAUCCAGACUCCUGCCGAGUUGGCCGAAUAUCAGAAUAUGAGAAUCGCCCUGGCGGAAGGCUAUCACCUGUCAGACAUCCUCAGACGGGUGACAUAUUUAACAGGGGAUAGGUCUUUGGUGGAAGAUUAUGUGAACAGAGUCAAGAAAAGUGUAGACCGUUCUCCUGUUCUGUCGCGACUGUCAGCAAUGCUAAUACUGAAGGAUGAUAUUCGGCAAAUAGAAAAGGUUGAACCAACAGCGCAAAUUCUGGAUGUGAAGAAGGAAAUUUACCGUUUUCCCAGCGUAGCUGUUGAUGUGUUGAGUGUUUGCUGUGGUAUCACGAUCCCCAGUGUGUGGGGAAUGAUAGAAGAGUUACACAAGACACAGAGGAUCAGUGACGAAGAUGCCCACCACUUGACUGUACUGAUCAGCAUCUCAUCGGAGCUACGGUUAAGAACGUACAUUGCAAACGGAGGACAGAAGGACAGAAUGUCUCCUCUAAGGGAAAUGAAAGUCCAACUGGAAAAACACGACAUAGAUGACACCGUCGUUGAGUCAGUUUUCCACAUACCAGAUUCUAGAAUGUUGUUCAGGUACUACUAUACAGCCAUUCCGUUAAAAAGAUGCAUUGUGGAUACAGUUCAAAAGAAAAACCAAAACAAAAAGAUAUUUCCAACCGCCAUCUUUGACAACUCAUCUCAAACCAGGGGUCGAAUAACACAAGAGCUGUUGCAGUUAGACGCAUCCAUACUGCACUUCGAGGCAGCACUAGAAGAAGCGGGUGGUGACGAGGAAAAGCAGUUUGACAUACUUUUGGGGUUAGGCAGUGUCUCACACAGUCGCGGUGACUAUGAGAAAGCAAAGAGCUACUAUGAACGGGCACUGAGCGCUGGAAAUAAUGUCUAUGCAGGCACCGAAAUGCGUUCAGAAUUUUACUCGUUACUUGGAAAUAUUGGGACUUGUUGGAGUGGCCUUGGUGAUCAGAGGGAAGCUAUCAAUUAUCACCAACAGUCACUGAAGAUGAUGAAAGCUAUCCAUGGCAAAACAACGCCACAUCCCGACAUUGCUUCAUCACUAAACAACAUUGGGGCAUGUUGGAGUGACCUUGGUGAUCAGAAGAAAGCUAUCAGUUAUUACGAACAGUCACUGAAGAUGAUGAAAGCUAUCUAUGGGGAAACAGCGCCACAUCCUAAAAUUGCAUCAUCACUUAAUAACAUUGGGGCAUGUUGGAAUAACCUUGGUGAUCAGAGGAAAGCUAUCAGUUAUUACAAACAGUCACUGAAGAUGAAGAAAGCUAUCUAUGGGGAAUCAACGCCACAUCCCGACAUUGCUUCAUCAUUAAACCACAUUGGGGCUUGUUGGAGUCACCUUGGUGAUCAGAAAAAAUCUAUCAGUUAUUUCGAUCAGUCACUGAAGAUGAGGAAAGCUAUCUAUGGCGAAACAACACCACAUCCCCACAUUGCUUCUUCACUCAACAACAUCGGGAAGUGUUGGAGUGACCUUGGUGAUCAGAGGAAAGCUAUCAGUUAUUACAAACAGUCACUGAAGAUGAUGAAAGCUAUCUAUGGCGAGACAACACCACAUACUGACAUUGCGUCAUUACUAAACAACAUUGGGGCAUGUUGGACAGACCUUGGAGAUCAGAGGAAAGCUAUCAGGUAUUACGAACAGUCACUGAAAAUGAAGAAAGCUAUCUUUGGCGAAACAACGCCACAUCCCGACAUUGCAUCAUCACUUCACAACUGGGUAACUGUUGGAGUCACCUUGGUGAUCAGAGGAAAGCUAUCAGUUAUUACGAACAGUCACUGA